GGUGUUGGAUCAAAACGAGCUACAAGGCAGCAUCCCAGACGUGAGCUACAACGCAACCAAAUCACAGGAUCCAUUCCAGAUAGCAUUCAGAAGCUCUCUCAAUUGGUACACCUGUCUCUGUCUUUCAACCAGCUGUAUGGCAGAAUUCCUGGCACCAUUACAAAGCUCACGAGUCUCAUUCAGUUUGACCUCUCGCACAACUUUCUCACAGGUCCCAUAAUGAAGCCUGCAUCUCUCACCAACCUGGACUUGUCCAGCAACUACCUCUCAGGCCCUCUGCUGCCUGCUCUCUGCACCGCAUCUUAUGCUGCCAACUGCUUCACCCUCCCUGUUGGGUGCACUGCCGGGCCUCAACGCGAAGAGGCGGCGUGCAAUGCAUUCUGUGGCAUCUCAACCCUUGCUGACUCUGCCUCAGCUGCUUGCAGUGGCAAUGGCGAGUGUUACCCUGACGGAUCCAGCCUCGUCCCCACGUGUCUGUGUGAUGCGGGGUUUGAGACGUUUCAGCGUAUUAGCUGCGUUGCUGAAGGCAAGAGCCAAAACUAUUCUACCAGUCAGCAGAUUCUCCCCCCCUCCACCACCCUCACCGUCGGAACAAAGCCCGAGACGGUAGGGAGAUUCACCGGGGCACCAGUGACCCUAUUUGCGAACGGGACCGAGAAGUGCGGUGUGGAGCUUGCUUUCAACGCCACCUUCUCCUUCACCCUCAGCCCUCAUGUUUCGGGUGGCAACGGCUUUGCGUUCGUUAUCAGCGCCACUGCUAGGGUCGGGGGCCGUGCUGGUGUGGGGUACCAGGGGAUGGACAGUCGGAGCGUGGCGGUUGAGUUUGACACUCUAGAUAAUAAGGUGUUUCUUUCUGACACAGCAGAGAAGCCGGUGCAGCCGUUGCUCGAGAGGAGGGUAUUGCUGUGUGCCGUGCUGCGAGCCUACGGCCUGGAGUUAUCAGCUGAUACAUACGUGCCCAUGAAAAGCAGCCUGUUCACGCGCUAUGCAAGUGCCGACUACGUCAUGUCCGCCAGCAAGAACGACUCGUGGCGAUUCCGGGACUUUCACUCCUGGGACUCCGUGCCCUUCCUUGGCUGGCCCGUCAAAAAUCAAGAGGAUUGCAAUGCAUGCUGGGCAUUCGCAGUGGUGGCGAGCAUAGAAGCAGCAUACGGCAUUGCUACGAACAAGGAGGCACCGCAGCUGGCAGUGGAAUCUCUCUUCACAGCCAUGAACCUCUCUUCCUAUGAACACCAGUGCAAGAAUGGUGGCUCCCCUACAGAAGCGUUUGAGAAGUUAGUCGGUCUGCCCGACGGGGGACUCAAAAUGAGAAGCACCGUCACAGGGCAGAUUGCGGGUUCGCUGUUCCCGGUGCAAGGAUUUGAGCGCACACAGUUCAAAGGGUAUUUGGGACUCAUGCAUGCAGUGCAGCGGCAGCCAGUGGUGGUUCAUAUCGAGGCCUCUGCCACCUCCUUCGUACAAUAUGAUGGGACCUUCAAGUAUCAGGAUCCUGGGUGCUAUACGGGGAGUCUGAACCAUGCUGUACUCGUUAUUGGCUACUACAUUAUUAGAGAUGACGGCAGCCAGAACCGCAUAGCGCCUCCGUUUUGGAUCAUCCGCAACUCGUGGGGAGUGGGAUGGGGUGACAGGGGCCACAUGCGCAUGGACAUUCAGGGAGGGGAUGGCGUGUGUGGCAUCAACGUGCUGCCUGGCAUUUACCCCAUUGUCAAGAUCUCCGGGGACCCAUGCGGUUCAAAGAGCUUUCAACAGGACUUAGACCCUCAACCCACCAUGAACCCGUGUGGCCGCUUCAAGUGCCGGCCUGAUUCAAAGAGCAAAGGCAACACCUGUGACUGCAAGCUUCCAAAGGCGGCCAGGCAGCCGUUUGUAGAGGUCCGGAACGGAUACCUCUCCAACACAUGUGCCUAUGUGGACGUGUGUGGGUCAUACUUACGCAAUCCCUGCACCGUGGGCACAUGCAUCAACGAUGGCAAGGGCGCCUACUCCUGCGUCUGCCCUCCCAACUACAUCACCACCACAACCAUCGACAACUUCCCCACCUGCGACCCUGUGAAUGAGUCAGUUAGCAGCAUCGUAGUAAGCGGGGACAACUGGCAAUGCACUGAUGUCUAUCCUGCCAUGGGCCUCACAGCAACCAAGUUCACUCAGCAGAACAUGGCAAUCAACUGCAACAAGCCCCUCCAGAAGAACACAGUUCUGCAGGUGAUCGGUGGUCCCGCCAUUCCCUGCACUGCCUUCUUUUACACUCUUAAGGGGGACACCUGUCCCUCCAUCGCCAGCCAAGUGGGGCUCAACCAGAGCCGCCUCACGGGUCUCAACCCUGGGCUUGACUGCUCCAAGGUCGUGCGGCCCGGUCAAUCCGUGUGUGUGGAGCGUAAUGCCACAUACGCCUACACCGUUCCUCAGUGUGUCAAGUACGGGAUGCUGACCAAGCAAGACACGUGUGAGCGCCUGCUCGAGCGUAUGACGGAUAGAGAUGACUCUUCCCGUGCGAAUUCUGCGAGUCUGUGGGCCCAGCUGUACCGCAACAAUCCUGGGCUGGUCUGCUCUGACCCUAUUCCGGACUCGGUUGCUUCUGCUGGCAGCAACGCUGGUGUUGAGGUGCGUGGUGAUCGGGAAGGGGGGCGGGUGGAUGAAAUGCAGAUGGUGAGGAGAGGAGGAUUGUGA